CACUCACACACACGCAGACACAGGCUCAGGCAGGUGCUUAUGCUCACACACUUCCACACAAGUUCACACACACACAUACACACACUCUAGAACACACAGGCUCGCAUCUUCUCUUUGCAUUCCUUCAAUCUAGUGGGCUUGCUGGUGCUAUUAACCACCUAUGAAGAUAAGUGUCAUUUAGUGACUGGAGUCUGGUGCUGCCGCUGGUGGUGUUGGUAGUGUUGGUGGUGCUGGUGGUGGUACUGCAGAGUUAGAGCAGGGAGCGGGGACUGGGCUGACAGGCUGACCCUCAACCAGGGGGGAAACAGAGAGCUGUGACCUGGGAGGACUGGAGCAUGCAUGGCUGCCAGCACAGGGACAUCUGCUCAUCCCACAAUAAGGUGAGGAACGCUUGUGUGCUGUGGGGUCAUCAGUAAUCGGACAGUGAUGCCGUGUAAAGGCCCUCCCCUCUCUCCACGCCCCUCCUUCUCACGUGAGGCCCAUGUGACCUAGCCUGAAGUCACACUCAGGGGGACCCCUGCUGCCCCUGCUGGAGCCCACCCAUGAAUCCCAGCCCUGACCGCGGCAAAGAGUGCCUCCCCCCCAAGAAGAGGGAGUCUCGGCAGGGCUCGGCAGACCAGCGACUCCCCCUGGACGAGUUCAAAUCACCCGCGCCCCUCCGGACCCGGCCCGCCAGCACUGGGAGAGGGGAGGGGGGUAGGGAAGCCAGUGAUAGGCUUCUAACUAACCCAAGCCUCCACUUCCUCCCCUCUCCCCCACCCCUCCCUGCCCCAGCCCCCAGUGUUCCUCUACCCCUGCCAUGGCCCCUGGCCUUCUCCCCUUCUGUCCCCCUCCCUUACCUCCAGGGCCAGGUAGGAGAGAGGCGGGGGUCUCCUUCUCCCUCCUGGAGAGACGAGCAUCUGCCCCCACCCAUCCCCAGGUGGCUCAGAGAAGGACCCCUCACUCUUCCUCCUUCCCCCUCCUCCUCCUCCUCUUCUUUUAAGAGUCCCUACUCAGCUGACUCCAGAGAGAUGUGGUCCUACUACAACACUGGCCGGCGAGACUACUCCUCCCCUCUCUUCUCCCCCUCCCACCUGCUCAGCCACGGCCCUCUGUACCCCCCCGACCUCUCCCUGGCCGAGGGCAGGCACAGGUACCUAGGCAAGAGGCCCAAUGGGCUGGAUGGGCCAGGCAGCAGGACUGCCCCUGCAUCGAGGGCGCUCCCCACAGGAGAGUACAGCAAUGACCUCAGCCGAGCAAGAUUGGACAGCAGUGCCCAUGGUUCUCAUGCCAACGGCAGGCGGAGAAACCAGGAGGAGCCUGCGAGUCGCUCCCAUUCAGGAGGGCCGCUGUUCCCAGAUUCCCUAGCUCAGGAGGGUCCUGACUCACAUUCCUCUCUGCAGGACAGGGACCCCCGCGAGGCGGCCAAAAUCUCCCCCAGUCCUCAGUCUCCUGGGACAGACCCCCAGGUAGGGAGGGGAGUCCUGCUGGACCCACUGGGGGGCUCACCAGUCGAGGCCCACAUUUACUACUCCCUUGGAUCUGUGUACCCUGGUCUCCAGCAGAGUCACCACACCCAAGCCCAAGCCCAGGCCCAGGCCUACCCACUCUACAGCCCCUCAGGAACACCUCUGUACAGCCUGCCCAGGGAGCCGGGGGCCAGGCUCCACAGUUUGAGGAACUCUCAGCACUCACCCCAGGGCCAGCUCAACAGCCACGGGGCACAGCUCAACAGAGAGAGAGACCGCGAGAGAGAGCAAGUUAAAGACCGAGACAGGGAAAGAGACAAAGAAAAAAACCGAGAGAGAGACAGAGAGAAGGACCGAGAACAGGACCGAGAGAGAGAACGAGAGAGAGAAAGAGAGAGACAGAGGAGCAGAGACAGAGACCUCUCACCAGGACAGUACCCCUAUCCUCCUGGCUCCAGCCCGGCCCCCUACCCCCAGCCUCAGUCCCAGCCCCCUGCGCUCCUACCUCACUUUGCCAAGGGAUCUCUGAUCGAGCUGGCGGGCGGACGCCUGAAGCGGGUGGAGGAGCUGCGGACAGAAGACUUCCUGCGGAGCGCCGACACCUCCCCAGAGUUCCACCUGAGCACCUGCACCGUGCUGCUCAUCACCCACGGCAACGCUCAUGGUUUCAAUCACCUGCAGGUGCUACUCACCGACCGGAACACUCAGGAGCUCCUGACAGUGUUGGUGGAGUAUCCGUUCUUUGUGAGGGACCAAGGCUGGUCUUCCUGCUGUCCCCAGAGAACGCUGCAGCUCUACGGCCUGCCCUGCCGCCAGCUCACCGAGGGAGACGUCUGCCUGGCCCUCACCCCCACCCCUACACCCCACACACACACACGCACAGCCUCACGGGCCCAACGCACACACAGCCGGCCCAGGACUGGACCAGAGUCCAACACAAGCAGGGAGGAGAUGCCACCUCCUCCCCCUCCCCCUCCUCUCCCUCACCAAGCCCACGCCCUCGCCCACCCUCUUCCCCCUCCUCCACCCACAACAACAGACCGCCCUGUCCAGGAGCAGCCACGCCCCCGCAAAAGGCGUUGGUCUGCCCCUGACCUUCUCCCCCCUACCGGGACUGACAAGCCACCUCCAGAAUUACCUCACGGCUCUAAGCAGAGGAAGUGGGAGUAGACUGCAUCUACAUGCACAAGUAUGUACUUGUAAGUCUUCAAAUAGCACACACACCGACAGACACAAAUACACACACACACAAGCACACACACACCCUCCUUGUCUCUGUUGCACCCACCAAGACACACAAUGGAGAGACCUCAAGGCAGGGUUGCAGGGAAGGAAAAAGAAAACGCAAUUUACGGGUGUCCACACUGCUGCCCAACGUAGGAGCCGAGCCCUCCCCCUGCCUCCCCUCCCAACCACGUCCCUCACUCUUUUCUCUGCUCAGCACAACUCUGACAGGGGGCAGAGGUCAGGGGAGGAGGGGGAGGGAGUGACAGUGAGACAUCUAGUGAGACAAUCAAGCACUUGUCUGUGUUCACUCUGUUUUUAUAAUGGUUGUCCCACAUGCCUACUUACUGACAGUGUUUUCUGCAGGGUAUCGAUUUUCAAUCAGUGUUAUGAAAGUAAACUCUACUGAAGAAGUGCAUAUAUAAACAUAAAUAUAUGACUAUAUAUUACAUUAAAGAUGUUAUAUUAAUAUGCUAAAAAUAUUUUAAUGCAAACUCUGAUUGUCACUUUCGUAAUGCGUUUUCGUUUUUUUUAUUUUUCUCGCUUCUGAGCCGAAGUCUAAGUGUGGAUCUGGGCAGGCAAGGUGAAUGUAUCAGCAACUCCUCGCCUUUCAUUCUCACCACUGGGGGUCAGGUCAGUUCGCGAAGGCAUUACCAUCCAAUAUGUUCUUAACAUUAACUCCGAAAAGGGAAGAACACUAAUUACACUAGCGCAAUCUCCACCCACACAGAAAGGUCUGUGCAUUCUCGCCUCAACACUCAAGUGUUUUUCAGUGGAGGACAUUUUUUACAAAAAGAAUGAAAGCAAGAGAAACUUGGGAUGGUAAAGAGAGUAAUGGUGCUAAUGACACGUUGGAACUUGAUGCUUUGUGAACGCCCCAGACCCCGGUGUAGGGUACGCUUCUGUGUCCUUUUCUUCAUGUACUGUAAAUGUCGGAGCGCAGGGACAAUGAUGAAAGUAUUUUCAACUCAGAUACGGGUAUCUCCUCUGAUUCAGCACACUCUUUCACUUUAGUUUUUCAACUUCGUUUUUGUUUGUUUGUUUUUCAAAAACAGAAACCUUUUUUCUUUGUAAAUGUUAUAGCUAUAAAAUGUAUAUUUUUAAAAUUGUGAAUCUGUUAUAUAUGAUGUU